CCCUAGUCAAGUGUAGUAAAAAAGGUGCUCUUUGUCAUCCUCACUCACUAACUCUUCACUGUCCAAGAAAAGAAAGUAGCCGAGAACCAAACAAGUCACUGUGAAAUGGUGUCCAGCUCAGCUCGGCUCAUCUUCUUUUGCUUCUUCAUCCUCUUCUCCGCCAUUGCUACCACCGCUACUGACCACAUUGUUGGUGCUAAUAAAGGCUGGAACCCUGGAAUCAACUAUACUCACUGGGCGAACAACCACACCUUCUAUGUUGGUGACCUUAUCUCUUUUAGGUACCAAAAGACACAGUACAAUGUCUUUGAAGUGAACCAGACUGGUUAUGACAACUGUACAACAGAAGGAGCAGUAGGCAACUGGACUAGUGGCAAAGAUUUCAUACCUCUUAACAAGGCCAAGAGAUACUACUUCAUUGGUGGGAAUGGGCAGUGUUUCAAUGGCAUGAAGGUUACUAUUCUUGUUCACCCUUUGCCACCACCACCAACAACAUCUGCUACCAUGGCUGCUAACGUGAAAUCCUCAGAUUCUGCAGCUCCAUUGGUUUUCCAUAAGGGGUUGGUGGGCUUGAGGGCUUUGGUUUUGGCAGUUGCUUCAAUUUGGUUUGGAUCUGGUUGGAUCUAGUAGCUAGAUGGUUAGUGAUUUAAUUUGGUGGUUGAAAAGCUCAUUGGAACUGUAUUAAUUCUGGUUUUCCCCCUCUCGUUACUCAAUUUUUCUUGUAUUCUCUUUUUGGAUGUUAUAUCAUCUAGAUUUCUUGAAAUAUCUGAAUCUUUCUUUCUUUUUUGGCCA